GUUGCGGUCGCAUUGUCUGUGUAUCUCCGACGGGUGGAGCUCGGUGUUUACGCCAGCGCUUCGAGCGCCUCGCAUCGCUGUAGCCAGUGGCCGCGAUUGUUGUCCCAGGCUGUGAGCCUGCGCUGAUUGAGUGCGGCCGCCCGGCCUUGAGUAACCGUCCGGAAUCCGGCAUCGCAUGGCCUCGGAGGAUCACUCGGCGUCUGGGCGUCGCAUGGAGGAAGUUUCGGGGAGCUGACACGCCGUGGAUCUGGUCGGCAGUCAGGCUCCAUACUUUACCGGACGCCAAGUUGUGAAGUGGUUUUCUUGGAUGUACAAAAUAACGGGUGUCCUCAUCAAGCAGCAACGGGGCGGGAGUAAGAGGAAAAAGAGGAGGAUGGCCGAGUCUACGUCACAGGAUGCUCUCGCCUCCGGUGGCGAAGAGGAAGAGGAGGAGGACCCGGACUUUGAGGAACUGCGUCCUCCCGAGGUGGACCCGCUGGCCGAACUGCUGGACCACGACGGGGAGAAGUGCGUCAUCCAGGGAGAUGGGGGAGACAAGAUGAACGUGUUGCCGCACGGAGGGACGUGCUUCUCGUUCUCGCGAGUUCACGAGCCGAGCUGCAGCCUGUUGACGCCCAACCGGCUGCUCACACUGCCCGACUGCCCCAUCGAGGUGAAGAUCGUCAAUGUCGAGCGGGACCACAGCAGCACGCACAUCCUCUACCCAAACCUGUACGUGAUCGAGCUUCGUCACGGAGACUUCCAGUGGUCCAUCCGGCGCCGGUAUAAGCACUUCCAGCAGCUCCACCAGCAGCUGCAGAUGUACCGCGCCGCCAUGUCCAUCCCUCUGCCCACCAAGAAACACCGCGAACGGCGGCGUAGCUACCGCGAGGACAACGCGCGCCGGCCGCUGCCCCGCUUUCCGAAAAAGCCCGAGAGUCUGCUGUCGCAGGAAGAGGUCCAGCAGAGGGCGGAGCAGCUGGAAGCUUACCUGAGCAACCUGGUCAUGGUUCCGGCCUACCGGAUGAACCCGCAUACGAUGCAGUUCCUCGAGGUGAGCCACCUGUCGUUCGUGGGCGGCUUGGGCCCAAAGGGCCGCGAGGGACUGGUCUACAAGAGGUCCGGUGGACACCAUAGUGCCAGGGGCUGCGUCCGGCUCCACUUCCUCUUCUACCAGUGCUGCAGUAGGUGGAGAAAGAGGUGGCUCAUCGCGAAGGACACCUGCGUGUUGUACGUCCGCCCUCGCGACGGCGUCAUCAAGUCGGUGCUCCUCAUGGACCAGGGCUUCCAAGUCCAGUCUGGCUUCAUGGCCACGGGGGUCAACCACGGCCUGCUCGUCACGAACCUCACAAGGAACCUCCUGGUGAAGUGCUGGACGAAGCGUAAGGAGCGGGAGUGGAAGGACCACCUGCAAGAGCUGGCCAAGACAACGGGACGGGACUUCACGCACCCGAACAGAUACGAUGCAUUUGCCCCGAUCCGCACCGCGAGUCGCUGCCGAUGGUACAUCGACGGGUCGAAGUACUGUGAAGCGGUGGCCCAUGCCAUCGACUUGGCCAGAGAAGAGAUCUUCAUUGCCGACUGGUGGCUCACUCCCGAGAUCUACCUCAAGCGUCCGGUGGUGCCAAACAACCGUUGGCGACUGGACCAGCUUCUGCAAAAGAAAGCUGAAGAAGGCGUGAAGGUGUUUGUGCUCCUAUAUAAGGAAGUUGAAAUGGCGCUCAACAUCAACAGCCUUUACAGCAAGCAGAAGCUGGUGGCCAUGCAUCCCAACAUCAAGGUCCUGAGGCACCCAGAUCAUGUGACCGGUGGCAUUCUCCUAUGGGCUCACCAUGAGAAGUUGGUAGUCGUCGACCAGAAGUUCGCCUUCCUGGGAGGGUUGGACCUGUGCUACGGACGCUGGGAUGACUUCAACCACAGGCUCACAGAUGUAGGUGGAAUUCAAAUGCAGAGGCAGAUCUCCAAGUCGGAGCAGCCGGAAGUCAACACAUCUAUGAACGAGGUGGCCAACAGACUUCUCGCGUCACACCGGUUACGAAGGCAGCAAUCUGGUGGAGAUGGUGCGCUCAACGAAGGAUACGGGGCAAUCGAUGCCGCUGAUGGAGGUGGCGAUGUGACACCGCCAGCUGGCGCCACGGACACUGAUGCCAGGAACCGAGGCAGGCGCUCCCUGGCGGGCGGCAGGCUCUCCACGGGUGCAGCCGCCAGUGGUGGCGCCGUCUACGUCGACCAAGAAGAGGGCAGGGUGGUCGUCGGUGAUGAUGGCUCAUCUAGGAUAGCGUCCAACCUGAUGCGCGCCCGUCGUGUCUUCCGAGCCGUCACGGCAUGCCAGAAGCUAAAGAAGCAACAACAAACGGAGGGUAUGCAAGCUUUCCAUCGGCACAACCGGACGGGCUCUCUGGACUCUCUUAAUAAUCUUUGUGACGUGCCCCGCUCAGAGCUGCGGGCCAGCUCUCUUGAAGACGACCUGGGUCUCCAAGGAUCGGCCAAGUACUGGCUUGGCAAAGACUACACGAACUUCAUCUUCAAGGACCUCACCGAAGUGGACAACCCUUUUGUCGACAUCGUGGACCGCAACGUGACGCCCCGCAUGCCGUGGCAUGACAUCGGAGCUGCCGUCAGUGGCGCCGCUGCGCGGGACAUCGCGCGACACUUCGUGCAACGUUGGAACUUCACCAAGUUCGAGAAGGCUAAGCAGCACGAAAACUACCCGUGGCUGCUACCAAAGUCCUACCAGGACGUGGAGCUAGAGUCGACGCUGCCGGAGACUGCCAUUGGCACGCUCUUCACCGCAGACUGCCAGAUAUUGCGUAGUGCGAGCAACUGGUCUACGGGCAUCAAGGCGGUCGAGUCCUCCAUCCACUCCGCUUACAUCGACAACAUCGUCAACGCCAAGCACUACAUCUACAUCGAGAACCAGUUCUUCAUCACACUCGAACAAGGCAACCCGACCGUCGAGAACCAAAUCGGCGAGGCACUUUUUCAGAGAAUCCUCAAGGCACACAGGAACAAACAGAACUUCCGGGUGUACGUGGUGAUGCCCCUGCUUCCAGCGUUCGAAGGCGAAGUGGGCACUGACACGGGAGUGGCCAUCCAGGCCAUCACACACUGGAACUACGCUUCCAUGUGCCAUGGCGACUCUUCGAUUCUCGAGCGCCUCAAGGCGGCGGACGUGCCCGACCCAACCAAGUACAUCGACUUCUUUGGACUCAGGAAACACGACGAGCUGCACGGAAAGCUGACCCAGGAGCUUGUGUACGUGCACAGCAAGCUGAUGAUCGUGGACGACGAAGUGACCAUCAUCGGCUCGGCGAACAUCAAUGACCGCAGCCUCCUGGGAAGGCGCGACAGCGAGCUGGCUGUUGUGGUGCACGACACGGAACGCGAGAAGAGCAUCAUGGACGGCCGCAUCUACUCGGCGGGACGGUUCGCGGGGUCGCUGCGACGCAGCCUGUUCCGCGAGCACCUGGGCCUCCUGGAGGGCGACGGCAGCUCGAACGGCAUCGAUAUCAGGGAUCCCGUCUCGUCAUCCUUCUACGACGGCGUCUGGAGGACCACUGCACGCCGCAACGCCCAGAUCUUCGAGAAGGUAUUCCGCUGUAUUCCAUCGGACAGCGUGCGUACAUUCGCUGGCCUGCGGGAGUUCACUGCCAUCCCUGGUCUGGCCGAGACUGACCCCGACCAGGCCCGCAACGAACUGCGAGAGGUCAGAGGGCACCUGGUCGACAUGCCCAUGGAUUUUCUUGCCGAAGAGAGCCUCACGCCGGCUGCCGGCACCAAGGAGGCUCUUAUGCCCAUUGUUCUUUGGACCUGAAGGAGGCACUUCAAGGUUCUGAGCAUCGAACACUUGUGCACAGGAAGGUUCAGUGUCCGUACAUUGAAAAUGCUUUCUUUGUCUUCCCACCGCGUGAGACACGACGAGGGGGCAUCAGUAGUCUUACUGAUAUGCAUAAAUGCUUGAUCGUCAAGCUGUGCAACCUUAUGGCGCUUCGAGCUGUCAGCAUGUGCUGACCGUGUGUUUUAGUAUUGAGUUUGGUGGUGCCUGCCCACUGAAAUAUUUGUCUGACAGUGGCUGUGAAUCGGUGGGUACUCAAAUGCAAGGCAACACGUGAAUAUGCAAGAAGAGCCUGUAUACCGACGCAGGAAGCAGGUCAGAAAGAUCACACACCCAAACUCUGUGCGAAGUUUGCUUCUAAAUUACUUACGUCCACUCUCAUUGCUAUUGUGUGUAAAAGGUCGGCAAGGAAGACUAUUUUACCACAUUUUUCUGGCUUCCUGCUUUCUUAUGAUGAGAGGAGGCAGAAGAAAUACGUAAAAUUCUAGUUUUGAUAUGCACAUGUGGGGCUUCCUAUUUGGCUAAAAUCAAGGCUUGCUCAAUUCGAAAGUACCUGCAUUUUCGUACUCACGUAUUUUCAGCAACAAUGAAGAGACUUCUUCAUCGACAUUCAUCUAUGCAUACUUUAUUACCUGUUGCAGGUUCAUUGAGAAACAAGUCAUUAUAACUACCAUCUUUAUUUCGCGUUCUGUUGCCGUUUUCACAGUGCAAUUGCUAUGAGAGUACUAUCCUGAGAUGUCUAAAUUUUACCCACAGUCUGCAUAAUUAUAGUGACUUUGGUACUCUCUAGCUAUCAUGUCACAGUUACUUUGAAGGUUAUCACUUGUGUGGAAACAUUUGACAAUCAAAAGUAACAACACUCUAUUGCCUUGCUACAUAGGUCUCUUUAACAGACUUUUCUCCUGCAUAAGCAUACAAGACAGUGGUAUAUCAUUCAAUUAGAGCUUAGUUUCUGUGUAAAGCACCUGCAGUUGUCAUGAGUCAUUGGCAAACAUGUCGUGUACCUGAAAAAAAGUUGUUACGUGCAAAGUGCACUAUCUGAAAAGUGUGGAUCUAAAACUAAUAAUCAGAUGAGCGCGUCAGACUUGGAAGAUCUGGCUGAUUUUGGGAAGCUCCCAUCUUCGCAGUUCAGUUGCGAAGGUGUAUGUUAGCUUACAGAAGUUGAAAAGGGGGGAUGAGUGGUGGUGCGGUUGUCACCUGCUAGCCCUCGUGUUGUGUAGGUGGAAGCCUGCAGAAUCAGAUAUCUGAGCUUCAUCGUGGAAGGUCGAAGCUGACGGGAGGCCUAUUUCAGAAAGUGCUGACUGCAGCUCUUGCAUCGUAAGGUCAACUACCGAUAAACAUUGUACUGAUAUAUGGAGAGUGGUUUAACUACAUACAAAUUGAAUAUGAGAUGGCCCUUCGGUAUGAGAGUAGAGAUUUAUAAUAAGCGCUUUAAAGCUCUAAGCUUUACUACUGCUUUCAGGUAUUGCUUGACUGGGCUUGCUAUUAUUCCAUUAAAACUUAUCAAGAGCCUCGGGUGAGAAGAUUCUAAGAAAAGAAAUGAACACCUCAUUUGAUCUUUCUGUUGCUACUUACAAUAAAAUAUCAGCUUUGAAACCUCUGAAA